GCGCAUGCCCAGUACGGAAGUGCACUCUGGGAAAUGUAGUUAGAAAUACUGUUACAAAACCUAAACAACGCGGUGUUAAUGUUUCUGCUUCUUCAAAGGGAAGACUAAGCCGGUAACGGUUUUUGUACAGUUUGAGUGCUGAAAUGACGUCGUCUGCCAUUAGCUUUAGUUAGCUAGCUUAAAGUACCUCUACACGUUUCUUUCAUUGUAUGCUGCUCAGCAUUUGCAGGAGCUCAUCUUUCUCUAGAGUUGUUGCCCACAGUUAUCUGAAUAGCACUUCAGUACUUUCUUCCAAGACCAAGUCUUUCACCAGCCAAACCAUCAUGUCUGAAAAAAAGAAACGCAAAUCUACAUCUGUUGCUGUGAAAGAGCCCAGUGCUAAGCUGCAAAAUCUGGCUCCCUUGAAGGAGAAGGGCUGGCUGGAGGACCGUCUGAAGCAGCAGAGGACAGAGAAGAAGGAGAUGGAAUUCAACACAAAGCGCCUCCGCUUCAUAUCUAACACUGAGAAGAUAAAGCAUGGCUCACAGGGUGUCCUGUACUGGAUGUCAAGAGACCACAGAGUACAAGAUAAUUGGGCGUUGAUCCAUGCCCAGCAGCUUGCUCUGAAGGAGAAGCUUCCUCUGCACGUCUGUGUCUGCCUGUUUGUCCCGAAAUCAGAGCUGUCCACUCUGAGACAUUUCAGCUUCAUGCUGAAAGGUCUGAAAGAAGUCUCAAAGAAGUGCAAAGCUUUAGAAUUCCAGUUCCAUCUGCUCCAUGGUUCAGCUGGAGACGUUCUCCCCGGUUUUGUGUCUGAUCGAGACCUGGGCGCAGUGGUAACAGACUUCUCCCCCCUCAGAGAGCGACUGCAGUGGUUGGAGGAUGUUAAAAAGAGUCUUCCAAAAGAUAUUCCCCUCAUACAGGUAGAUGCCCACAAUAUUGUUCCCUGCUGGGUAACAUCCACAAAGCUUGAGUACGCCGCCAGGACGAUCAGAGGAAAACUCACAAAGCUUCUUCCGGAGUUCCUCACAGACUUUCCUCUGGUAGAAAAACACCCCUACACAACUGCAAGAGCCGCCAAACUCAUAGAGUGGGAGGAAACCCUAGCCUCCCUGCAGGUAGACAGAAAUGUAGGAGAGCCGGAGUGGGCUAAGCCCGGCACCAAGGGAGGAGUCGCCAUGUUGGAGUCCUUCAUUGAUGAACGCCUCAAACUAUUUUCUACUCAACGUAACGACCCAAACAUCGCAGGCCUUAGCCAGCUGUCUCCCUGGCUCCGCUUUGGUCACCUUUCAGCCCAGCGUGUCGCACUUCAGGUUCAGUGCAGUGGGAACUUUGCAGGUGUAUCUGUCGCAACCUUCAUCGAGGAGCUGGUGGUGCGCAGGGAGCUGACAGACAACUUCUGUUUCUACAACGACAAAUACGACAGCGUAGAGGGUACUUAUGAAUGGGCUCAGAAGAGUCUGAAAGAACACGUCAAAGACAAGAGGGAGUAUCUCUACACACGGGAACAGCUGGAGAAAGCAAGGACACAUGACAAACUCUGGAACGCCUCUCAGCACCAGAUGAUCACUGAGGGGAAGAUGCAUGGUUUCCUGAGGAUGUACUGGGCCAAAAAGAUUCUGGAGUGGACUUCUUCACCAGAGGAGGCGCUCUCCAUCGCCCUCUACCUAAACGACCGCUAUAGUCUGGAUGGCCAGGACCCCAAUGGCUUUGUCGGUUGUAUGUGGUCUAUCUGUGGCAUCCACGAUCGAGCCUGGGGAGCGAGAAAGGUUUUCGGCAAGGUCCGCUACAUGAACUACAAAGGCUGCCAGCGGAAGUUUGACGUAGCCAAGUUUGAGAGAAAGUACUGUCCCAAAAACCUUUGAAGCAUGACUUUCUUUGAGGAUAGGGAUAAAAUGCCUGACAGCAUACAUCUCCUGCACCUUUAGCUUAAGGGAGUGUCCGUACUUUCUUAUAGACUGUAUCUUGCCUAUUUUUGUGUAAAACAGUUUAUUAUUUAAAAUUGUGAUCUGAUGCUCCUACUUGGUAAGUGUUAUAUGCCAUUCAAGUUGAUUUUGCUACUUUUAUUUUUGUCUGUAUGUCUCAAUAAAAAUAUUAUGUUUAUUGUCA